CUGUGAUGAUAUUUUAACCAUUAGAAUAGAAUUUCACCACCACCACCAUCAUCAUCAUCAUCAUCAUUAUCAUUGUAAUUUGUAUCCAAUGAAUUCUGGACGAUCAUGGAAAACAUUAGGUUGGUUUACAUUGGGCAGCCUUUCCACGUAUGGAUUUCUGAAUCAAUAUCCUGAUUAUCUUACAAUUUUGAAACAUAAAAAUGUUAAUGUUGAUGAUGACAAAUUUACCGGUACUGAUGAACGAUCAAAAAAAGUUCUAAUUACCACGGAAAAUAAUCAGAUAGUCGAAACACGAUCAUAUGAACAGGCAAUCAAUAAAAGUCGACAACGAUUAUUACAAUGGAAAAUCGAACAAACCAUACCGGGUUUUGUAAUUGGUGUUAGUGUACGGGGGAAAAAUGUUUGGAUCGAAGGUCAAGGUUUAGCCGAUAUUGAAAACAAUAUUCCAUGUCAUUCGAAUACCGUUAUGCGUAUAGCAUCGAUAUCGAAAUCAAUAACAGCCACAAUGUUGGCAAAAAUGGUUGAAGAUAAUAAAAUUAAUCUUGAUCAUUCGAUUUAUGAUUAUUUGGUGGAUGGCCAAUUUCCAAAGAAAACAUGGGAAAAUCAACCAGUCGAUAUAACAUUACGGCAAUUGGCAUCACAUCUUGGUGGUAUACGUCAUUAUAAAGAAGAAGAAGAAAAAGAAAACAAGAAUGGAGAGAAACGAAAAUCAAACGAAUUCGAAUGUAAAGAAUAUUAUUUAAAAGAACAUUUUCCAAAUGUAACCGAAAGUCUUUCAUUAUUCAAAGAUGAUCCAUUAGUGGCCAAACCGGGAACAAAAUUUCAUUAUUCAACAUUUGGUUAUACAUUGAUUGCAGCCAUUAUGGAAACAAAAAUGGAAUCCAAAAAUUUUGCUAAAGAUUUAAUGAAAUUCAUACACAAUGAACUUGGGUUACGUCAUACAAGAUUGGAUCAAAAUGAUGUUAUCAUUUAUGAUCGUUCACGUUAUUAUUAUCGUGAUAAAAAUAGUGGUAAAAUUCUUAAUGUACCAUAUGUAGAUAAUAGUUAUAAAUGGGCUGGUGGUGGUCUUUUGUCCAAUAUACCGGAUCUAUUACAAUAUGGAAAUCUAAUGCUUUAUAGUUAUCAUGGUAUUGAUCAUAAUGGACGUAUUGGUUAUCUACAUAAAUCUACUGUCGAAGAAAUGUGGAAACCAAUGGAUAAUUCAUCAACAAAAUGGUCAGUAGAUAAAUCUAAAGGUUAUGGUAUUGGAUUUUCUGUCAUACAAAAUGGUCAAAAUCAAAAUCGUCAUGCAUUUGCAUCUGAACCAUUAUUCGAUAAUGUUGCUAUGCAUAGUGGUGGUGCUAUCGGUGCAUCAUCAAUUCUUGUUAUUGAACCAGAUAAUGAAAUUGUUGUUGCCAUAAUUGCCAAUCUACAGGAAGCUAAUGAAAUUUCAAAAAUGGGCAUGGAAAUUGGAAAAAUAUUUUCCACUGCAUGAUAAUUUCAAAAAAAUUUUUUU